AUGAGGGAUUUUGCUUGUGGUUCUUCAAAGAAGCGUAACGUGACAUCCCCUUACAAAAAAAGCAGAGUAAUCGACAUUUCAGAUGAGGAUGAACUGGUUAGGGAAGUGGAGAAAUUAGAGGAGACAAUAAUGAGUGAGGGUGGUAAAGGAGGGACUAGCUUAGGCGAUGAUGAGAGUGGUUUUAGCUUUGCAACAGAUGAAGAAGGGAACUUUGAAGUGGACGAGAUUUCUGUGAGGCCUAGAGGUUACGAUAAGGAGUUCUGGUCACCAUUACUAGCUGAAGAUUAUGGUGGUUCUGCUGCUGUUAAUGUUUUUUACAAUGAGGAAGAGAUUGUUGAGGGUCUAACGAAGAAGAAAGGGGCUCGUACUUAUUUUUGUGACACAAAAAGUUGUUUUGACCAUUAUGUGGAGGUGGGUUGUGGUAGAGGGGGUGAAGAUAAAGCGAAAGAUGAGAUGCCGGAGGAGGCUAAUCCUUGGAGUGGAGGCGGUGGCGUUAACAGGAACAAUGAGCCCAAACGAAGACUUGCAGACAUCGAUGAUGAAGAGUUUGAUAUACCACCGCUGUUUGAUGAUACAGAGUUUGAUGCCGCUGAAAUACCCGAUAUGGACGUGGAUGAGCAUGACGGGAACAUUGAAGUUGGAAAGGUAUUUGGAAGCAAAGAGGAUUGUCAGAUAGCUCUAGCUAUCUAUGCCAUAAAGAAGCAGUUCAAGUUCACGCAAACGAGGACAAAGAUAGAUUCGUUCGUUGUUGAGUGUCCUGACAGUAGAUGUGAUUGGCGAGUAACAGCACACGAAGUCAGGGGGUGUAGGUAUUAUGAGAUAAGGAAGGCACAACUUGAUCAUACCUGUCCAAUUGAGUUCCGUAAUGGGUACAACAGCAAGGCGACAUCACGUGUGAUAGCUGCAGUUUACAAGGCGAAAUUUGGAGACUCGGGUAAGCUUCCUGUGGCUAGGGACUUGCAAAAACUUGUUUUAGAGGAUCUGCGGGUGGACGCCUCCUACAUGAAAUGUUAUAGGGCGAAGGAGAAGGGCGUGUUGGGAUUGCGUGGUUCUGAUGAAGACUCUUACUUGAAGUUGCCGAAGUAUUUGUAUAUGUUGAAGCUUGCAAAUCCCGGUACUAUAGCUGAUUUGGAAACUGAUGUAGAUGAUGACGGGGACGAACGUUUUUUAUAUUUGUUUCUAGCAUUUGGUGCUUCAAUUAGUGGGUUUAGAAAGCUGAGGCAUGUUUUGGUUAUUGACGGUACACAUCUCAGUGGCAAGUACAAAGGAGUGCUGUUAACCGCAAGUGGGCAGGAUGCAAAUUUUCAAAUAUUCCCACUUGCAUUUGCAGUCGUGGACAGUGAGGAUGAGGAUGCUUGGACAUGGUUUCUUCAGAAAGUGGAGAGGAUUCUAUGUGAUUCUCCAUCUCUUGCGAUUAUUUCAAACAGGGUUGUGAGCAUAUCUAAUGCAGUGAGUAAGAUUUACCCUCAGGCGAAGCAUGGGGCUUGCAUUGUUCAUCUUGCUAGGAAUGUGAAUUCGAGGUUCUCGAGUAAGAACCUUGCAAAGAUGGUUACUUCCGCUGCGAUGGCACAUAGUGUGGGGGAGUUUAGAGAUUAUUACGGGAAGAUUAGGGCGGCUAACAGUGAGUGUGGCAUUUAUCUCGGACAAAUUGGUGUUGCUCGUUGGUCAAGAGCAAAUUUCCCUGGUGAUAGAUAUAACAUUAUGACCAGCAAUAUUGCUGAACAACUGAACAAGGCUUUGUUGGAAGGAAGGGGAGCUGCUAUAGUAGAGUUGCUGACUUUUAUACAGAGGAUGAUGACCCGAUGGUUUUGUGCGUGA